AUGAAUGGGACACUCUUGUCAUGGCCGUCCCCAAAGCAUACUGGAGUUAUCAACUUUAGCACCAUGGGCAGAAAUACUAGGGUGCUUUCCUACGUCAUGGAGAUCUGGGUUCCACAAGUUCCCACUGCCAAGACUAUCCACAUCGAUCACAUCCGUGACGAGGUGAGAACGUUCCGCUCCAACCAGGUCUGGGUGGACGAUGAGGAUGCAGCUAUCAAGAGCCUCUAUGACAUCAUGGCGAGCUGGCCUGUUCUCAAAAAGCCCCGCACGCAGAGCCAAGAGUCCAUGGCCAACACAGAUGAACCAGCUGAUGUCGGCCAGGAUCUCCCAGGUGAGCCCCCAUGCCUCAGCGAUGACUAUGGUGAGACUGUCUUGGCAGAAUCUUUGGGUGUUGUGCCUGUGGCCCAUCCUGUUGAGCCGAUGCCCGACUCACAAAUCCCCCCGGAUACUUUCAUGGCAAAUGAAGAUGCAGUUGGUUCUGGUGAGGUGGCCCUUGAAAUGGAAUAUGGAGAUUCCCAGGUCCCUGACAAUUUGAAUCAUGGUGACCAUGCACCACUAGCGGAUACCUUGAUUGACUCUCAGCCCAUGUCUAGUGGGGAAUCUUGCAGCCCUGCCAUCACACCUACGGAGAUGGAGGUUACGCCCAAAGCUUCCGAUGUGAUCGAGGUGGUGGCCUCCCCUGAUCGCCCAAUUACUACGACUGUGACAGAUCCAUUGCCUUCUGCCGGUAAGUACUCCCCAGAAGAUCUAGCCACUUUGCAGGAGAAGAUCAAGAUGGUUAAGAAGCGGCUGGAGCAGCAAAGAGUCCAGUCUUCGGCUCGACCUUUGCAGGCGCGACAGGUGGCCACUGAUGCUCAGGAGACUCAAGCCAUGGACAUGUCCCCAGUGGCAAAAACAUGGAUGGAGAACCCCCCGGCUGAGAUUCCUGUUGAUCAGUCUACUCCAAAACGGUUUGGCAGGGUACCUACUCAAGUGGAAGCUUCUGAACCUUCGGUCCCGGAACCUUCUGUUGCAGAACCUUCGGUCCCAGAACCUUCUCCCACAGAACCUCCCUUGGAGAAGUCCGGCAGUGUUGAGGUUGUGGAUGUGGAGGGUGGCAUGGAUAACACGGCCAAAGAUGUUGGGGAGGGGGACCAGAAAACAGGUGAUGAGGAUCUUUUUCAUGCCAACGAAGUCGUCACACGCAAAGACCAGUUUGAUGAGAGGAAUGCAUUGAACGCUGAGGCAAAGAAACGCAGCAAGGAGACUGAAGGAGGUGAAGGUCUUGAUGAUGAAGAAGGUGACGAGGAGCCCAAAACCAAGACACGCAGCAAGGGAGGGAAGACAAAGGCGGAGAAGCAGAAAGCAGCACGAGAAAAGGCCAAGGCCAAGAAAGCUGCCAAAGCCGAGAAGGAAAAGCAAAAGAAGAAAGCAGCAGCAGAAAAGAAAAAGGCUGCCAAAGAAGCAAAGGCCGCAAAGGCCAAGGCCAAAGAAGUUGCAAAGAAAGGCAAGAAUGCAGGAUCAAAGCGCAGAAAAAACCAGGAGACCAAAGAUGAAGAAAGCGAACCUCUUCCUGAAAGCCAUGAAGAAGUUCCUGCCCCUGCCGCCCCUGCCAUGCCUGAGCAGGAUCCUGCCCAUGACCGACCUGCUGUGGAGGCCCCUGCUUCCGAGGUUUCUGUGGACCCAGAGGUUGCCAGCAACCAGGCAGUUCAUGGAGGUGAUGGUGAUGAUGGAGCUGGUGGUGAAGCAGGUGGGAGAAAGUCCUUUGCCCGCCGGUAUCGCCCUGAGCGAUCAGACCCUGCAGCCCGCUUUGACGCGAUCAAGGACAAUUUCAAUUUGCACUUGAAGCACUUGCUGAACAAGGUUUCUACCAUGGAGGCUCACUGGUGGAUUUCUGGUACAACCUCCAAUUUUAACCAAUUUCUUUCCCAUCAAAAGAAUUUACACUGUGGGGUUGAUUUUUUCCCCAUGGAGGUGACUUUCUGGAACCAUUGCAUGAAGCAUAUGAAGUCGCAAGCAGCACCCAUCCAGAUCACCAACUACCCGUCGUUCAUUCAUGGUUGCAUUCCUGAUUUCUUGGAGUUGGAAGAUGUCAAGCGUACUUGGCCUAACAUAGAUCUUUUUUUGUCCACCAAGUUUUAUCACCAAAAAUCAUCCAACCCUUUUGAAACUUAA